AUUUUGGCGGCAAAAGAGACCACAGUUGAAAAAGACAGUCAUGGCGCCUUCAUUUUGGGUUGGCUAUGAAGGCGCUCAUACAUUAUGUUUUGUGAGGGAUCAUCAAAGUCAUGCGAAGCAACAUCGUCAAGAGAGCAGGAAGAGAUCUCCGGCAGGAUUACAUUCAGCAGUACUUAAAGUCAUUCCUCCGAAAAGUUCAUCCAGAUCUCUUUCAAAACCACCCAAAGGAGCAGCUUCAGAACAGUGCCUCGCUACAGGACCUCUUGCCCUUGGUCGGCCACGAAAACAACAGGGGAGCGACCCUGCGCCCUUCGCCUGCCGGGACCAAUUCACCGACAAAACUAGUGUUCUAUCUAAAGCCGAAAAACGAUCAAUCCUCAUCGCCUCGAUCUUCAAAUGAUCCUCCAAAAGCACCAACUCUCGAUCCAACUGCCAGUGAUCUCAAAUUUGUGGAACAUACACUACCCGCACUCGAUCUCCAGAUAACUAUGUCGAGCGAUGGUAGAAGUGCCAAGGGCGAGGCUCUAGAGCAGGAAGCCAAGUCAUGGCAAAUGGUGCAGUCAUUCUUCGACCUUUGCAAAAAAGUAGAUAUAUCAGUCAAAGAUAUCGAUCAGCAGGAAGUUGUCCAGCAUCUUGACCAGUCGAUCCAGGAGGCAACAACAACAACGCAGUCGAAUCGGCAUCGCGCCCCACAGAAACCUCUUUCAGAAGUUUUUGAGGAAGAUCUUCGGAAUUCAUUUGCGGAAUCUGGAAUAGGAGUUAGCGACCAGGCUAUGAACGAGGACAUCAGUUCGACGCAUCUCGACAAGAUCGGCGGUACUGCAACAGCAUUGGAUGCCCAGGUGAUGAUUAAAUCAAACCAACUGCUUUUCAAAAGUCCUAAGCUUUCAGCCUCGCGAUUAAGCAAAGUGGUUCGGACCUGGAUCCAUUGGCAAGAGGAGGACCAGCAAUUGGAAGGAUCUCUCAGUAACAAGCAACCGUCGAGAACGUCAUUCCAUAUUGGCGACUGGUGGAGGAAGGUUCCUGUCAUGAUUUUGAGUUCUGAAAAAGAGCGAACAGAGGUCUCGCAUGGUCACAACGGUCAAUCUAUCAAGGGUAUGCUUGUGGUCGAUCAAGAAAUGUCCAAGCAUGACAUGACAGAGUACUUGAGUUGCAACCUGAAAAGGAUCAAGGAUGAAUACAGGGACAUGCUGCAGGCAGCAACUCUCGCAUCGUCACUGUCUCCGUUGUCUCACACCCGUGCUUCUGAUCGCCCUUGGGAAAAGGGCCAGCAGGAUAUAUCGCCACAUCCAACCCUGCCACUCUCGCACGAGGCUGCGUCGUAUCUCGAGCGUAUGAGGACCAGAGCAAUGCUACAGAGUGCCAAGUCCCGAUCCAAAUACAAUAAAAGAUAUCAGGGAUGAGUUUAGGUAUAAAAAUAGAUGGACUUCCAAAACCUCCUGCAC